AUGCUCACCAAGUUCGAGGCGCGUUCGUCCCGCGUGAAAGCGGUUGCGCUACACAACAGCGCCACGUGGGUUCUCUGCGGAUUGCACAACGGUGCUGUGCAGAUUUGGGACUAUCGUAUGAGCACAUGUGUCGACACGUACACAGAGCAUGUUGGCGCAGUGCGCGGCGCGGACUUCCAUGUGAACCAGCCUCUCUUUGUCACCGGCGGCGAUGACUACACAGUGAAGGUGUGGAACUACAAGCUGCGGCGCUGCCUCUUCACGAUGACAGGACAUAUGGACUAUGUUCGCACCACUUUCUUCCACCACGAACAGCCGUGGAUCGUUUCCUGCUCGGACGACUUCACCAUCCGUAUCUGGAAUUGGCAGAGUCGAAAGAGCAUUGCGUGCUUGCCGGGUCACAAUCACUAUGUCAUGUGCGCCCAGUUUCACCCGUUCAGCGACCUUGUUGUGUCCGGCAGCCUGGACAAGACAAUCCGAGUGUGGGAUAUCUCGGCGCUGCGACACCGGAAGGAGGAGGCCGGCAUCACGCACGAUCUCCUGGGCACGACGGAUGUUGUGGUGCGGUACGAGUUGGACGGGCACGAGAAGGGUAUCAACUGGGUUGCCUUUCACGCGUGCGGCGACCUGCUACUCUCUGCCGCCGAUGACCGCACAGUGCGCCUGUGGACGAUGUCGGGGACAUCGUGCUACGUCUCUCGCACGUUCACCGGACACACCAGCAACGUGUGCUGCGCCGUCUUUUACAGGAAUGACUAUCUCAUUUCCUGUGCAGAAGACCGCACAAUUCGCGUGGUGCACAUGUCCUCCGGCGUGACGGUGCAGACGUUCCGUCGCGAGGUGGAGCGCUACUGGAUCAUGGCAAGCGACUCGACGCGCAACCUCAUCGCCAUUGGCCAUGACGCGGGUCUGCAGGUCUUCAAGCUCACUCGGGAGCGGCCCGCCUUUGCGAUCCACAACACGACGCAACUGUACUACACAUGCCAGAACAAACUCCAUAUGUACAACUUCGAGACCGAGGAAGUCACUUCCUCUGCCGUCACCUACCAGUUUUACCCGCCGACGGCGCUCUCGUGCUGUCCGACGACUGGAGGCGUGAUGCUCUCCUACGCUACCGGGGGUCCGCAAGUGGAUUGGAUUCCGAAGCCACUGGCAACAAGGACAUGCAACGUGGAGGCUACCAUGAAAGGCAUCGACGGCGUUUUCUUUGGCGGGCACAAGCUCGCCUACGUGGACGUCAACGGAAAGAUGUGCAUCCAGAAUGUGGCCAAGGCCGGUGGAAAGCCGCAGCAGACCGACGUGUCGUGCAGUCGCAUUUAUCCUGGCCCCGUCGGCUGCGUCCUUUGCCAGAGCAACGACAAGAUCCUCCUGUACCAGGUGGCGCAACACGGCGCGGUGGCCGAGGCGACAGUGUCAGGGGUACGGUACGCUGUGUGGGACAAGGAUUUCUCCAAGGUGGCGCUCAUCGCCAAGAACACGGUGACCAUUAUGACGAAGCGCCUCAAGACUAUCGCGUCGGUUGCCGAGUCGUCGGCCCGCAUUAAAUCCGCCGCCUUCGACGAGACGCGGGACGUUAUGUACUUCACCACAUCCAACCACCUCAAGUACUGCUACCUGCGCAACGGCGAAACGAGCACUAUCAGCACGCUCAAGAACGUCGUCUACCUGGUGCGGGCCGUGGGCGACUCCAUCUACGUCUUGACACGCGACGGUCGCGUUCUGCGCAAGGAGCUGGACAACGUGGAACUGAACUUCAAGCUGAAACUGCAGCAGCAGUCGUACCGCGACCUAAUCCGCAUUAUGCAGCAAGGCAAGCUCAAAGGUCAGGCGCUGGUCGGGUACCUACACAAGCACGGACACUCCGAGAUCGCCUUGCACUUCGUCAGCGACUCGCUCACGCGCUUCAACCUCGCCAUCGAGUGUGGCGCCAUCGACAUUGCCAAGGCGACCGCGAUUGAGCUCAACCAGCCAGCCAUCUGGCGUCGCCUUGCCGACACCGCCACAAACUUCGGUGACAUCCAGCUGGCCCAGUUUGCGAGUGCCAAGGCUGGCAACUACUACGCCUCUGGCCUGCUUGCCCUUCUUACGGGAAACACCGCCUCGGUCGCCAACCUUGUCAACGCCACCCGCGACGACAACUUCAAGCUGCAUUAUAGCAUGUACAUCGACGACGCGAAGCAACGCGUGGACAUCCUCUGCAAGGUUAACCAGCUGCCUCUGGCGUACGUGACGGCGAAGUCGCACGGUUUGGAGGAGAUGGCGGCGCAGGUGCUGCAACGGAUGGAGCCGGAGGUGGCGGCGCGCGUGCAGGCGCAGCGAUUCCAUCCAGCGUCGCAGAGGCGAACGGUUGAACCAGCCACGGAGAACUGGCCUAUGCUGCAGGUGGAGGAGUCCGUGUUUGCGCGACUGCUGAAGGAACCGGGCCAUUUGGACAUCAUCGCCCAACAGGAGCUCGACGAGGACGUCGCCGCCGGCGCUGGCUGGGACGACGACGAGGACGACGACACGCUACUGCCUGGCGUGGGUGCAGACACCGGCGAUGCAGGGGCGCUGGCUGACAGAGAUGAGAUGGGUGGCGGCUGGGACGACGACCUCGACAUUGACGUGUCCGCUGCUCUCCCGGAUACCGGCGGCGCCACUUCCGAUAGCACCGGCUACGUCGUGCCGCGCGAGCGUCCGCCCAUCAUGCAGAUAUGGGCUGACGCCUACACACUUCCUGCUUUCCACGUCGCUGCCGGGUCUUUUGCGAGUGCGCUGCGCCUGCUGCAGCGCCAGAUCGGCUUGGCAGACCCGACACCGCUGAAGCCGUACAUGCUGCAGCUGUGGGCAGCCGUUAACGUGUGCAGGCCUGCACCGAACGGCCUGUGUACGGUGCUCGCCAUGUCCACGCAGCCGCCGGACAGCGAGACGGAGGUGCGCCACGCCCCGGCAUUGCCGGACUUCAUGCCUGUGCUCGCCGAUAAGCUGCGAGUUGGCUACCAGCUGUUCGUUGAGGGCAAGUUUUCAGAGGCGCUGGAUGUCUUCCGCAGCAUUCUGCACCUCUCCGUCAUGACAGUUGUCAAGGAUGACCAGCAAAAGGCAACGCUGCGCGAAAUCAUGGUGAUUGCACCCGAGUACACGCGCGCUCUCGCGCUGCAGCUGCAGCUGCGCACCCUCAACGCCUCCUCUCCGGAGGCGCUGCAGUUGGCGCUGUACUUUACACACUUCCGUCUUCACCGCGCGCACCUGACACUGGCCCUUUCACAAGCGAUGAGCAAGGCGUACAAACAGAAGAACAUCAAGACCGCCGCCGAGGUGGCACGCCGUCUGCUGGAGCAGGACCCACCCCAAAACAAGGCACAGCAGGCCGCCGCUAUUAUCACCGAGGCAGACCGCAACCCCACUAACGCUGUCCAAAUAGACUACGACGAGCGCAACCCGUUCACCCUAUGCUCUGCCACCUACAAGCCCAUGUACAAGGGCGUCGUGACUCCAGUGCGGUGCAGCUACUGCUUGUCGCCGGCUGACCCAUCUUACAAGGGAACCUUGUGCUCCGUGUGCAAGUUAGCCAAGAUUGGCGUCGACAGUGCCGGUCUCGUCAAUCGAAUUUGA